AUGGUAACAGGAGGGGGCUGUGAGGGAGACCAGUGGGAGAGCAGAGGGCUGAGAGCCAAGAACCUUGAGUGGGGAAGGCCGAGGACCAAGAACGGGGAGAAUGAGGACCUAGGGCUUUUAUCUGCACAGAGGGAGAUGACUGCACACGGGACCCACCCAACGAACGCCUUUCCGCACGCCGCGCGCAAACCUGCCGGCGCGGGACGCUGGGGGCCUCGGGUCCUCGGGACCCUGGACGCUUCCCCUCCAAGCCCUCGGGGACGGCCGGAAGGCAGGUCGUUUUCUGCGCCCCAGACAUCCGAGUUCACCCCGUCAGCCCUGCCUCGCAACACCCACCAGUCAAAGCUGUUGUUAUCUAAAAAAGAAAAUCCCGAGAAGGGGGCGGCGCAGGGUCCAGCCGGCUGCCCACCGGGUCCAACUCGCCCUGCUGGGAGGAUUCGGCGCUCACUGGCUCUGGUGCCCGCGGCUUCUGGAAACCCCGACGGAUUUGAGGUGGGGGUAAGAGGUGGGGCCAGGAGCCAUAAAGUGGCUUCCGCUCCGUCUUCUCCGCACACCCCUACGCACACACCCCUCGGCCAGGAGAAGCUCUGGGAUCCGGCAAGACACACACAAAAGAAGGGUAGCAUCAGUGCCAAGAACUCUGCCGCCGCCUCCAUACGCGCGGCGCACAGGCACCGGGCAGCCGGGCCUCCGGGCCGGGUCCCCGCACCGCCCGGGGCGCGCCAGGGAGCCAAGAGCAUCCCUGGACGCCUCCGGAGCUUCCAGGCGCGCGUCUCGCCCCCUUCAGGUGCUCCUCAGCCCGCAGAUAAAGACGCUGAGGCGGCGGAAGGGAAAGGAAGAGCGAAGGAGAGACUUACUUUGGGGGGCCGAAGGCUCUGCCGGACUCCCGCGUCGGACUCGGCAGGUGUCUGGCGCGGCGGGCCCAGGCGGAAGGCUCUGGCACAGCUCCGCGCAGGGGCUCCACUUGGCGAGCACCGGGAACUCCCCGCGCCACCGGGCCCCGCGCCGCGCGCUCCUCGCUGUCGCCGAGCCACGCAGCCUCGCUCCCCCGCCGCCGCCUCGGCCGGGGCGGGUCUCUACCCUCCUCGCGCGCGGCUCCACCGCUCCCGGCACAGACCACACCCUGUCACCUCGCAGCCCUCCGCUCCUUCCUCUGUGACACUUCCCCCCCGUUACUCGGCGGUCUGCGUCUCCCACCCCCCUCAGCCCACGUGCUCCUGCCGCUCCCUGGGCUCGCAACUUCCCCUGCCGGGAGCCCCCACCCGCACGCUGAAAACCCCGCGGUCACCAGGCCGGGCAAAAGAAGUGAGGAUUUCAGUCGCCAGCUUCCAUGGAUCCCAAAUGAUUGUCCCUGUACACAACUAA